CCGCGCCGCCGCCGCCGCGGCUGAGCAUCGCCCCGGUGCCGGGGAGGGCGGCGGAGGGAGGGCGGGAAGGGGACAAGAAGGGACGAAGGGAAGGCGGCGGCGGCGCCCCGGCCGCGCCCGGGCGGGGAUGUGAAUGGCGCUGGAGGUGCUCGGCGGGACCGACAUGGAGUGGGAGAAGCUGCCGCGGCGGCCCGGGGAGGGCGAAGGGGAGGCGGCGGGGCCGUGGCUGGGCUGCGGGCGGCUGCGGCCCUCCUCGUACCGGGCGCUGCGCAGCGCCGUCUCCACCCUGGCGCGCAUCGACGACUUCUACUGCGAGAAGAUCGGCGCCGGCUUCUUCUCCGAGGUCUUCAAGGUACGGCACCGCCAGUCGGGGCAGGUCAUGGUGCUGAAGAUGAACAAGCUGACCAGCAACAGGGGCAACAUGCUGCGGGAGGUGCAGCUGAUGAACCGCCUCUCGCACCCCAACAUCCUCAGGUUCAUGGGGGUGUGCGUGCACCAAGGACAACUGCAUGCGCUGACGGAGUACAUCAACGGUGGGAACCUGGAGCAGCUGCUGGACAGCCCUGUGCCCCUCUCCUGGUCCAUGCGUGUCAAGCUGGCCCUCGACAUCGCCCGUGGCCUGCGUUACCUGCACUCCAAGGGCAUCUUCCACCGUGACCUCACCUCCAAGAACUGCCUUGUGCGCUGCGAGGCCAAUGGCUACACGGCAGUGGUGGGUGACUUCGGCUUGGCAGAGAAGAUCCCCAACUACAGCGAAGGCAGCGAGAAGGAGCCGCUGGCUGUGGUGGGCUCCCCGUACUGGAUGGCGCCUGAGGUGCUCCGAGGGGAGAUCUACAACGAGAAGGCUGAUGUGUUUGCGUACGGUAUCAUCCUGUGCGAGACCAUCGCUCGUGUCCCUGCUGACCCCGACUACCUGCCCCGCACUGAGGAUUUUGGUCUGGAUGUCACCACCUUCCGCACCAUGGUGGGCAUCGACUGCCCAGCGGCCUUUCUCCAGCUCGCUUUCCACUGCUGCAGUAUGGAGCCCACCUCCCGCCCCUCAUUCCUGGAAAUCACACAGUGCCUGGAGGGCAUCCUGCAUCACCAGCUGGGUGUUGAGGACACUGGGGACACUGUCUUCAGCAUUGGGGAGAGCCUGCCCAUGCCUGCGACAGCAGCCACACUUACUGGGGUAUCCAAGAGGGCAGCCAGCCGCUCCGAGCAGUCACCCCUGCGCGAGCUGGGGACGCAGCACCUACAGCCGCAGGACCAGCGCCUGUCCCGCAGCCAGUCUGACGUGUUCCCCCCAAAAUCACCCACCCUGCUGCAGCCGCUGGAGCCUUACAGCGGGGCCAGGACCAAGGAGACGUCCCCCCGCAUCAACCCCUUCUCCCAGCGUGAGGACCUCAAGGGGGGCAAGAUCAAGCUCUUCGACACGCCGAGCAAGUCUGUCAUCUCUCUCACGUUCGAGCUGCCCCCCCCUGCACCGCUGCAGCUCAGCACCCCCGUGACCCCCGAGCCCGCCGUGGAGGUGCAGUGUGACUUCUCGGCCCCCACCGCUGCCCCCCGCAAGUGCCACUCGCUGCCCACCUCCCCCGAGCUGCCCCGCAGGGGGGGGCUGGAGCUGGAGAUGGGGUCCCCCCACCCCACUGGUGACCUCCAGCCCCCAGCUCUCCUUCCACCUCCAGCUCGGGGACGAGCGUCUCCCCCCAGCGCCAGGCCAUUGGAGCGGAUGGACUGCAGCCCCGACAGCCCUCGCCCCCCGCAGCUCCCCGUGUUACCCCCUAACAACAACUUCAUCCGCACGGCAUCCUCGGGAGCCCGGCUCUGGCAGCCGGAGCCACGGGCCCCCGACAGGCUCCUCUUCAACAACAACCACGUGGUGAUCAGUAAACCCCUUUCAUGGGGCAGCGAGCUGGAGCACGGCUUCUCCGAGCUCAGCAUCCCCUGUGCGGCGGCGAUGGAGAGGACGGACCGUGCGGCCAUGCUGCCUGGGCACGGCUCCGGUGCUGUGCUGGAGCAGGAUGAGGUGCUGCCUUGUCCUGGGUGCUGCCUGACACUCUUCAGCUUCAGCUUCCUCUCUGUCUGCCACCGGCCGGCACCCAGCCCACCCCACUACCAGAACCUCAACUGUGAGUCCAAGAGCCUCUUCUGCCACCAGAAAGCCACAGGGCCGGUGCUGGCGGAGCCCAGUCUGAAGCUGCCAGAGGCAUAGACCUAGUACCGGGGUUCCCGGGGAGCGGGGCUGCGUCCGGCUGCCCCACAGAUCCCUUGGCACAGGAGCCUGCUGUGUCCCCAUGGUCUGCCCUCACUGGCUCAGUGCUUGGUGGCCACCGGUGGCUGCAGUGCCCCAUGCCAUGGCUACUGUGGUGCCACUGAGGAGCUCGGGCACCCAUCCCACCUGGAUGGUUCUCGGGGGUCUAUGAGGAGCUGUGGGGUGGGCUGGGUCCCUGCUGGGGACUGAAGUGCAAUAACACCCCCAGCCCUGAGCGUGCUCCAGCACUGUGUGGGUGGCAGGGCUGGUGCCCCGUGGGGCUCAAACCCUGUGUGCAGGACCCCCCCUUCCCCAAGGGCUCACCCCUCUGCGGGCUCUUGUGGAGGGGUGCACAGCAAGCCUGCUCCCCUGGGAGCUCCUGUACCCAGGGGGGGUGAGCAGGGCUGGGGGAAGAGGGGUCGGGGUGUGUGUGUGUGUGUUGGGGGACCUUGUGGGGCUGGGGGAUGUCCCCAUGCUUCCCUACAAGUGUGGGGAGCACAGCCACCCCCUGACACAGGGAGAGGCUAGCAGGAGAGGGGCAACGCACAUGGAGCAGUGCACGGGGAUGAUUUGCCAGCACUGGGGUUGCCCCUGCCUGCCCUAUGCUGGGGUUGGGUGCUGAGCCAGCACAGCACCCACUGUCCCCCCAGCACAUAGGGUUGGGAGCAGGGUGCUGGCAGAGGGGGGAAGGAGCUGCCCAGCCCCUGGCAAGGGUGGGAGCCAGCUUUCCUUCCUCCCGCACAAUGCACUGGUGAAUGCUGAACUCUUGUGGGUUUUAUUACUAUUAAUAAUAAUAAUAAUUGCUAGUAAUAUAUACCUGGCUUAUUUAAAGUGUUCAAUAAAAAAAAUGAAUGUCCUAGAAA